AUGCCGCCAAAGACGGUCGAGGAGGAGCUUGCGGAGCUCGAAUUGCUCGGUGCGGAGGCACCUGCGGCUCCUCUGCAGAAGAAGGGAUCCAAAGCUGCUCGCCAGAAGCUGCCACAGGAGGACGAUGCGCUGAAGGGUUUGGAAGAGCUCGAGGACCUUGGCAAGUUCCAACGGCCUGAAGGCCUGCGUCCAACAAGUCGUCCGAACACGCCCAAGCUGUCCUCAUCCUCAGUGGCCUCGAGCAACAGAAGAGGUGCUGAUAUCGCGACACCUUCUUCUACAGGCUCAGCACGAACCAGUGAGGAUCGUGCAGCACCACCAAGGAAGUCGGGAGAGAGCACACUGUCAUUUCACCAGAGCAUUGCGCCCCCUCAGGAAGAGCCAGCCACAGCAGCGCCGGCACCGAAGGCGGAGGCACCGGCAGCGUCGGGCGGCUCCUGGUGGGGCGGAGGAUGGGGCGGCAUCCUGAACACGGCGACCGAAGCUGCAAACGCGGCCAAGAAGCAAGCAGAAGCUGCUUACCAGGAGCUCCAGAAGAACCAGGAAGCACAGAAAUGGGCCGAACAAGUGCGAGGCAGAGUCGGUGACCUUCGUGGCAUGGGAGGCGAGCUGAGCAAGCACGCACUGCCAACCUUCACCAACAUUCUGCACACCCUUGCCCCACCUAUCGCACAGCAUGAACGACUCCAGAUCCACAUUACACAUGACCUCAUCGGUUACCCUUCGCUCGAUCCCAUCAUUUACCAGACCUUCUCUACGGUCAUGGCCCAAGUCGAAGGCGGUGAUCUGCUGGUCAUCCAGCGCGGCUCCGAGUCCACACUACGCCAGUCGCUGGACGGCUACAGGGGCGGCGGUGGGGGUUGGAAUGACGGACCAUGGUGGCGCCACGCUGAGAAGCGAGAUCUGAGCACAGUCAAAGGGCUUGUGGAGGGCACAAAGCUUACAAGAGUGAGCGCCGAAUCAUAUGCUGACGAAUUCUUUGCUGCUAGAGGAGGCGUCGAGGCAGCUGCGAAGCAAGCUACCGAAGCUCUCAGCGAAAGCAACCCCGUGCGGAGCAGCGACAUAUUCAUCGCGAUCCAAGCUAUUAGCUACUCAACACCCACAGAACUCUUUGGCACAUCAACAGCAGCCGAUACAAAGGAACGAGACGCUCAGGAGCAGAAGGAAGACGAAGAGUUGAUUGUCUUCGCUGUUUAUCUGCACGACCCGAUUCAUGGCAUUACCUUUAAAACAAUCAGCCAGGCUUUCCCUGAAAAGUGGGCAGAGUGGCUUGAUGCGCCGGCCAACACAGAAGCUGCUGGCGAAGAGCAGCAACUGCCACAUGAAAUCCAGGAGAUCAUCGAGAGCGGUGGCGUUGAUCCCCGUGAGUGGGUAUCUGAGUGGAUGGAAGAAACAAUCAGUCUUAGCGUUGGUAUCGUCGCGCAACGCUAUGUUGCACGCCGUAUGGGCGUUGGCGAAGGUGGCCUUGGUAAGGGCAAGGCACGAGAAGCGAACCUCGAGGAUGGCGCUGGUGAGGCAGCACGAGCUGGCAUCAUUUGA